AUGUCCGCCAAACGAAUCGCCCUCAUAACAGGCGCCAACACCGGCAUCGGCUACGAGACCAUCAAAGCGCUCCUCUCCUCCGAUCGAUCAUACCACAUCCUUCUCGGAUCCAGAUCUACGGAGAAGGGUGCAGCGGCCGCCAAGCAACUCCGCGACGACGUCCCCUCCACGGCGAGCACUCUCGAAGUAGUCCAGAUCGACGUCGACAGCGAUGAAUCCAUCGCCAGCGCCUUUGAGCUAGUACGCUCAAAGCAUGGCCGUCUAGAUUAUCUGGUGAAUAACGCUGGUUGCGCCCUCACCGAGCCAGACAUGUCCCCCCGCGAAGCCUUCAACGCCAUGUACAAUACAAACGUAUCGGGCCAGCACGUCGUGACGAUGACUUUCGCGCCGCUGCUGAUCAAAUCCGACGACCCGCGCCUGCUCUUCCUCACCAGCGGGUCGGCCCACCUCGCGCGGUUCGCUGAAGAGUUCUGGCCCGGCGAGGCGCCUGCGGCCGGAUGGCCGAAGCCGGCAAGCCAUUUUGCGCCGACGGGGUACCGCGUCAGCAAGACGGCGCUGAACAUGCUUGUGUUGGCGUGGCACUGGACGCUGAGGGCGGACGGGGUGAAGGUUUGGGGGGUUUCGCCGGGACAGUUGGCGACGAACCUCGGCGGGGACCCGGGGUUGUUGAAGAAGCUGGGGGCGGGGGAUCCGAGUCUUGGAGGGCUGCUUGUUAGGAAGGUUCUGGAGGGGGGGAGGGAUGUGGAUGCGGGGAGGAUUGUGAGCCAGACUGCGGUGCAGUCGUGGUAA